CAACACACCCAAUCCAUUGAUCCCGAUUCCUACUCGUUCUCUUCGCGCGUCCAACCUCCCGUCGACGGUGAUCAGGUUGCUCGUGACUACCGCGCGUUCAAGCACCACCAGGAAGUCACCAACCGAAUUGGAUCUGUCGUCACUCCCAAGUACCAGCCGCACAAGCAACUCACCCAGCCUCCAUCGGCGGAUGAAAUUUCUCUCGAGCUCCUUCUGGCUUCGCAAUCUCAUUUGGGUCACUCUACUUCGCUCUGGAAUCCUGCAAACGCGCGCUACAUCUUCGGUGUCCGCCAGGGUAUUCACAUCAUCUCACUUGACCAGACCGCCUCCCACUUGCGCAGAGCAUGUGCUGUCGUCCGCGGUGUCGCCCAACGUGGUGGUCUAAUCCUGUUCGUUGGUACUCGUGAGGGUCAAGAGAGAAUCGUCGUCAAGGCUGCUGAGCUGGCUGGUGGCUGCCAUCUGUUUGAUCGUUGGAUUCCUGGAAGCAUCACCAACGGUGCUCAAAUUCUGGGCAGGUGUCGUACAAAAGUCGUUGACGAGAAUGACAAGGAGAUCAAGGGCUUCGAGGAGCAACUCGAGGCAAAGGGUGCUCUCAAGCCCGAUCUGGUCGUCUGCUUGAACCCUCGGGAAAACUAUGUCUUGCUGCACGAGUGUGGCCUUAACAACAUUCCUACUAUUGGUGUCAUUGACACUGACGCAAACCCUACUUGGGUCACCUACCCUAUACCCGCCAACGACGACAGUCUUCGUUGCAUCAACCUCAUCGGAGGCGUUCUUGGACGUGCUGCUGAGUCGGGCAUGAAAUCACGUCUCGGCCAGGCCGCCCAAGGUAAGGUCUCAUACUCGGCACGCCAUAACCUCGAUCCCCCAACCUCCGACCAGAUUGCCGCUGCCUACGAAGCC